AUGAUUUUCGGAGUACUUUAUCUUUUGAUAAGCAUGACAAUGAUUGCUUCAAUUAAAGCGGGUAAUGAUGACGAUGAUAACGAUCUUGCUAAUUUGUGUGCUGUUAUAUGUGACAAAUGUUUACUUGAUGUAGAUUUGUGUGUUGAUUUGGAUAAAGCAAUCAGUAUAUGCCAUUCCCAUGGCUUUGGCUUAUUAAAUGGAGGUAGGAAAUUAAAAAUAUUAUUUAGAUUAUUGUUAGAUUAUGAUAUACUAGUACAUAUAUCAAAAGUAAUGCUAAAAUUCUGCUAG